GACAAGCAGGAAGUGGUAAAACAGAUCAUCUAUGUAAUCAAGACAGUGCUAGUUCGUUCUGAAGACACACUGAAAAUAUCUGUAGGUUAAGUAUUAUUUUAGACUAAACGUGGGACUAGAUAAGAUAAAGGGUGAGAUGUGAGAUUGUGUAAGAUUUCCAAUGUAUGGUCAACAAGUUGAGAGGUUGGCGACCUUACAUUUGCGCAGUCAUCACCGUCUUUUACCAUGACGAGAUCAGGUGCCAUCAAACUCAGCAUUGUCUUCUUUCUCACCUUCAUCUUGUGCCUACCAGAGUUUUUUCCAAACAUAUCACAAAUUCAGUUUCUCUGUGAGCCUUUUGACCCUUGCACACUUGAAAAUGAUGCACAAGUAUGUGGUCAGGCUGACCCUCCAUGUGCAACAGAACUUACAAAUUCCAGCAGUCAACACAGACGUGAUGAAGGAUGGUAUCUGUGUAAAGCUGAAAUGGAUUUGCGGCUUCUCCACAACAAUACCUCACCGUCAGGAGAGGAUGUGAUGGUGGUUCUGACAAUGAAGGCAGGCAAUCUCUCUGAAUGGAUCAUUAGUGUAUUUGCGUUUCUCAACAACACAGAUCUAUAUACUGAACCCCAAAAUGAUCAGGGACUAUUCUACUGCUACCUCCCACCAGACAAUAACACAUGUCCAGAUCUGAACAUGUCCACAGAAGAACGCACACAAGAAAACCCCAGUCCUCCAAGACAAAACACCUCCAUUUUAAAAAACACUUCUUCAAUUACCCCUUCGCUCAAAACAACUACAAUAUCUUUCCAAGUAACAGCUUCUACACUUGAGCUUAAGUGCCAAACAACUAGCAGCAGUUUCCUCUUUUACUACCAGGAGCACAAUGAAACAGCAAGAUCUGCAGCGUUACCAGUUACAAGAACAAAAAAAGAGGGCUGGUGUUUGAUCACUUCAGUGUGGUUGGCCAUGGUACUGACUGUGGUUGUGGUAACGCUAUUGAGUGCGGGCUGCAUGAUCUUCAAGAGCAAAAAUAGAAAGUCCCAGUUGUUCACACUGGUGCCGGUUUCAGCCAGUGCACAUCAGCUCAGCAACCAAACGGAAAAUUUGAUGAACAAUGUCCCUAAUGUGUCCAUAGCAAUGUGCAACAUGAGUGAUGAUGAUGAUGUAUUCUCUGAGAUCUCGUCAAUUGAGAACAGAAAAGAAGAAAACGAAAACCAUCUCAAGGUAGCUGACCUUAUGUGCAAGAGAAGAUUGUCACCAAUCUUUGAGAUUACAGAGACCGAAAAUGAAAAUGAAAAUGAGGAAGAGGAGCAAUGUAAUGCCUUGGAGACAAAAGAAGAUAUUAAAAAAACACAUCAGAUCCAACAUCUGGCAGCACAGGGCAGCUGUGAAACAUUAACUUACCUGCAUCAUCGAAGCUUUUCUUGGUCCGGUCAUGAAGGAGAUGGGGAGAUUUAACCCUUUAAAUCUACGAGAAACAGCAGAGGCACUUUAUAAAAUUGAAAGUUUUUUUUAUUUAAAAACAUGACAGAGGCAGGUUAACUUUAACACGACUUUUCCUGAGAAUAACAUCACGUUAAAGGGGCUGCACAUGAAGUUAGCAUUACUAUAUCUUCCACCAGCCACUGAAAGGGUUAGUUCACCCAAAAAUGAAAAUUCUGUCAUUAAUUACACACCCUCAUGCUGUUCCACACCCAUAAGACCUUCGUUCAAUUUCGAAACACAAAUUAAGAUAUUUUUGAUAAAA